CAGAUUAGGGUGCAGGUGGGCCACAUGUUGCACAACCAGUGAUUGAAGGUAAGAUAUGCACUUCUGCUGAUAACAACUGUCUGGUCAAGCUACUGCGCCAGUAAGGUGCUCUGGUAUCGCUAUAUCUCACCCCCUUCAUUGUUCACCAAUCUGGUCACUGCCAUCACAGGUGUGCCACAUGGCUAAUGACAAGGCACAGCUGGCUACGCUGUUUGUGCUAACCAGAGUACACUGCCACGCCCCCUCAACAAACAAUGAAUGAACUCUGACGGGUCCCAUUCAUUUUAUGGGCGUGGGCGUGUGAGGAUGACGCAGGCUACCGGACGGAGCUACUAUAGGUUGAGCUGAGACUGUACGACAAUGGCUUACUUUAAAAAACAAGUGGGUGGGUAAGAAGUGGGUGGUGGAGUGGGUGGCACCUCCCACUUACCGCUCCCUCCCUCAAUUAUUAGGAGCGGCAGCGGGUCCCAGCUUCCAGUAGCGCUGCUCCCGUGGCCAGACGCACUGCUUCUCCAAGGCUUCCUACUGUUUACCCAUUAGUGAUAAAGUCCUUCAUUGUUUCAGUCCCCUCGUCAGUGCCGGAGAGAUGACUUCAACAAUUUUUGCUUUCUUACUGGUGUUGCCGAUGCUUCUAAUGCUAAUGAUGCCUCAUCUUGCAAGAGGAAGGCUCUUUGGGCUAGAGGACUCAACGGAAGACUCUCCAGGGGUGACCCAAGGGGUGACGCUGUCUUCACCUGACCACGCCAGCUGCUGCGUUCGCGAGAAAAAGAUGAAGAACAUUGGAGUCUCAGAUGCUACGGGCGAGGAGAUUCGAAUUGAUGUGGGUCACUGCAGGAGACACUGCAACAAAAGGAAACCCCUUAAAAAGGCCAACUUCGAGCGCCUUCUUUCGGAAAACCCUGAUAUGGAUCCACGAUUGUUGUUUUUGCUGAACUCUGGCCACCAGCGUGAGAUAGCCUCGUGCCCCGUGGGGGAGGCUUGCACUGCCUCUGCUUCACGUGUGGAGCGACUGGUGACGACGGAGGGUAUAGUCAGUGUUACGGUGACGGAAGCUUGUGAGUGUCAGUCAAAACCACACUCGUGCCGCCGACAGCCCCGACCCGUCACACUUCAUAAAGGAACACCUCUCCAGACCACUGUGGACCUUGGUGACUGCCAAGGACACUGUUUUCAUGAAUUAGGCUGCAAAGCUACGAAAUCCAGGACGGUGUCGGUGGAGGGUCCAAAUGGUGAGUAG